UACUUUUUCCAACAUUAGUUUAUAUAUGCAUAUUUCUCUGUAUUCAUUAUAUUGUUUCUUAUGGCACAGUCAUAUUUCAUUUCCCUAGCACAAUUUGUUCAAUUAUCCUCUUAUCUAUGCUUUAUAUUUUAACUACAAUUUAUCCAUUGUACCUAAAAUAUAUUUCAAAGAAAUGAAAUGUAUCAUCCCCAUAUGAGCAAUAGGGUAGAUACUACUUAACCAUUUUAAAGAUAAGAAAUAGAAACAGUCUCCAAUGGAUUUGUCUAAGUUUAAAAUCAGCAACAUUUUUUAUAACUUUAUAUUUUAACAACUCAAUUAAACUUUCUCUUCUUGAGGGAAAGGAGUGUGAAGGAUAUAAAGAAAUAUACUGUAUCACAUGUAGAACUUUUCAGUUUAGUUGAGAGAUUUUGUUUAUUACAAACUCAAAUCUGUUUACACUCCAAGUAGCUGAGCUGUAAGGAGCUGAAGCAAAGUACUGUAACCUCAGCAUAUGAGGCUCGGUGGAUGAUUUCCCCUAGGCAAAUACUACCAUCUUGCUAAUAACAAGGGACAAGACUAUGUGGUUUUUCAUUUAGUGUAAGGCCAUUUUAGAUGCAGCUGUAGGCUUAAUUUAUUUUUUCUUUCUUUUUUUUUUUAAACAACUUAUUUCCUCCUCUGUUAUCGUGCAAUUGUGAGUCAUUUAGGGAGGAAGCUCUACCCCUUAAAGAGUUCAGAGGUAAUAACUGUAUUUGAAAGGAUGUAGGAAGGUUGUACCUUGGCCAUAGUGGUAGCCUGCACUACUAUCUUUAGAAGAUGGCAUUGAAUAUAGGCCAGGCAGUGUUUAUACAUAAAUUCAAAGACUCACAGGAUAGAGAUGAAUGGUCCUUAGAAAUUGGUUAUCAAAGCUAGGGCGUUAAAGAAUUGUAUCCAACCUUUAUUUUACAGAUCGGGUCAUUGAGGCUUAGGGAGGAAAUAGGGAAUUUUCAGUGUCCUUCACAAUUAUCUGCCCAUAAAAGGUGCCUAACAACGUCUGGAGAAUCGAAAACAAGUUUUCCAGUCCACUUUCCGAUCUUCUGGAAAAGUAGUUGGGCAGGAAACCUGGCGCCAGGAAAGCUUGUGUUUUUAUCCCAGCUCCUUCAGUCCCUCUCCAAGCUGGGAGCCAGUCCCAUCCUCCAUUCAGGUGAGAGUUAUGGAAGGCCCCGCAGUGAUGGGGGGAGGGGGAAGGCGGGAGAGAUGGCGCACUGAGGGGGAGGGCACUUCGGCGCCCCUUCCCAGCAUUGCCCUCCCAGCAUCCCUCAGACCCAACCCGCCCCAUAAUCUAGUUCCCCAAUCUCGCGAGACUCCGCUCAGCUUCUUCCUCAGGUUUACCUACCCCCACUCCUACUUCCGUCCUUUACAACCGGGGUUAGACCGAGACGGACAGUCUGAGCCCUCAUUACUGCUGGGGAAUGUAGUUCUGGCCAUUUAAAAUUCGUAGGCUCUUCCGGAGCGAGAAUGCCCGAUAGGCGGCCAAAGACUACAACUCCCAGCAGUUCUUGAGGUUUGUUUUUGUUCAAAAAACCCCAUCCCCCUCCUACCCGCCCCCAAUUCCUUGCAGAGACACACAUAUACAUAACAGACACAUAGACACACAUAGACACACAUAGACACGCACACACACGCAUACACACACGGUCGCGCUCUCUCUCACACGCACACCUACUCACCAACUCACCAGGACGAAGGAAAGCCGCUGUCCCAUUCCCCACUCACUUUCCCUCACUUACCCCCAACCGCGGCGGUUCCGCAAGGAGGCCCAAGGCCUGAACUGGGGAAAGCGGCGCGCGACGGCGGCGGCGGCGGCGGUGGCGGCGGCGGCGGCGGGGCGGGGCGGACGCCAAAGCCGUGACCUCUGACCCCGUUGUUAUGUGGGUCCGCCGCAUUCCUUAGUGAUCGCGGGGCCGCUGCCGCCGCUGUGGUAACGGGCGCAUCCGGGGCGCGUGGAACGACCGCCUCCGUCUCCUCUGCCACCACUAUCUCCACCCGAACUCUUCCUUCAUCUUCUCACGUCCCCUGCCCUAGGCUCGGGCCUCGCGCCGCCGCCACGCGCCCCCAGCCGCCGGCCUCAGUCCCAACGCCGCCCGGCCCCUCGUGCCCCGUGCCCACCCGGUCCGCGAGGAGGCCCCGCGUGCCGCCGCCCCCGCCAAGGAAGAGGAGGAGGAGGAGGAGGAGGAUGAAGGACAAACAGAAGAGGAAGAAGGAGCGCACGUGGGCUGAGGCCGCCCGCUUGGUAUUAGAAAACUACUCCGAUGCUCCAAUGACCCCAAAACAGAUUCUGCAAGUCAUCGAAGCGGAAGGAUUAAAGGAAAUGAGUGGGACAUCCCCCUUGGCUUGCCUCAAUGCUAUGCUUCAUUCCAAUUCUCGAGGUGGUGAGGGACUCUUUUACAAACUUCCUGGACGAAUAAGCCUUUUUACACUCAAGAAGGAUGCCCUGCAGUGGUCUAGAAAUCCAUCUGUGCCUGAGGGAGAAGAGCUGGAGGAUACAGCAGAUGUAGAAAGCUGUGGAUCCAAUGAAGCCAGCACUGUGAGUGGUGAUAAUGAUGUAUCUCUUGAUGAAACCUCUUCCAAUGCCUCCUGUUCUACAGAGUCUCAAGGUAGAACUAUCUCUACUCCCAGGGAGACAUACAGAGCUGCUUCACAGACAAGCAAACCGAAGAAAAAGACUGGGGUGAUGCUACCUCGAGUUGUCCUGACCCCUCUGAAAGUAAAUGGUGCACACAUGGAAUCUGCAUCAGGAUUUUCUGGACGACAUGCUGAUGGAGAGAGCAGCAGCACAUCUAGCAGCAGUUGUAGCUCCCUGGCUCUGUGUAGCACUGCCAUUCGAAAUCGGGUGGAAAUUACCCGUGAUCCUCCCCAGAUCUUACGAGGUAUCCGGAAACCAGCAACAGGACAAAUGAAACGCAACAGAGGAGAGGAGAUAGAUUUUGAGACACCUGGUUCUAUCCUUGUCAACACAAAUCUUCGUGCCCUGAUAAAUUCUCGAACCUUCAAUGCCCUUCCUUCACAUUUCCAGCAACAACUCCUCUUCCUCCUGCCUGAGGUGGACAGACAGGUUGGGACAGAUGGCCUAAUGCGACUCAGCAGCAGUGCUCUGAAUAAUGAGUUUUUCACCCAUGCGGCUCAGAGUUGGCGGGAACGCUUGGCUGAUGGUGAAUUCACUCAUGAGAUGCAAGUCAGAAUACGACAGGAAAUGGAGAAAGAAAAGAAGAUAGAACAAUGGAAAGAAAAAUUCUUUGAAGAUUACUAUGGACAAAAGUUGGGUUUGACCAGAGAAGAAGCCCUGCAGCAGAAUUCUAGCCAGGAGGAAGCUGAACUCAAGGGUGGCAUGUGCGUUCCAGGGGAAGCAGUGCGACCGCAACGUAGUCCCGCUACACGUCAGCGGGAUGGCCACUUCAAGAAACGUUCUAGGCCAGACCUUCGCUGCAGAGCCAGAAGAAGUCUGUAUAAGAAACACGAACCUGAACAAACAGAAACCACUAAAGAGACAACACCUGUGGUAGCAGAUUCCUCCCAUUAUAAAGAAGAAAAGGCUGAAACAGAUUUGACAGAAGGAAGCGGUUCAUGUCUGCCUGGUGUGUCCUCCGUGGAAUUAAAACCAGAUGUCCCAGAAACACCAAUUGUGACCAUGACUGCCAGGAUCCAAAAUAGUUCAGAGGUCCUGGCCUUAGCCUCCACUUCUCUCAGCAGAAUUCCUAGCUUGCCCCAGGAGAAUACUGACCAGGAGGCAAAGGACCAGAAACGGAAGUCCUUCGAGCAGGCAGCUGCUUCCUCCUUUCCCGAAAAGAAGCCCCGGCUUGAAGAUCGUCAGUCCUUUCGUAACACAAUUGAAAGUGUUCACCCCGAAAAGCCGCAGCCUACUAAAGAGGAGCCCAAAGUCCCGCCCAUCCGGAUUCAACUUUCACGUAUCAAACCGCCCUGGGUGGUUAAAGGUCAGCCCGCUUACCAGAUAUGCCCCCGGAUUGUCCCCAACACAGAACACUCCAGCCGGGGCAGAACUGGUGCCAGAACUCUCGCAGACAUUAAGGCCCGCGCUCUGCAAGCCCGAGCCCAGAGAGAAGCUGCCACAGCCUCCAUCGGAGGUGGGGGUGGGCCAGGGGGAGGUGGUGGAGGGAACACCGAUGAAGGAGGCGGUGGAGGUGAGACUAGUGACCGUCCCGAGCACAGGGGAGCCAAGAGGACUCACGGAAGGUGUGCGCCAAAUAUACAACGAACACAACUAUUGCCGCCUGGUCAUGUCAUAGAUGGGGAACAAGCUGUGUUAGAGACUCCUGAAGGUGACUGGCUGCUGUCUGGGAAAGACGACUUGUCCUCUCUUCCCAUGGGAGAAGAAGGCUGCAUGUUUCAGAGAGUUGCUGGCAUUCUCACAAGUGAGUCAGAAGAGGCUCUGCCACCUCUCACUAUUGUUUCUCAUGACCAGCCAAAUGAUGCUGUGGUGCAGCCAUCUUCUGACACCCUAGUUCAUGACAGGUUGAAUGAGAAGCCUGAUUUGCCUACUGAUGUAAGGACUGAACAUGAGUCUUGUACCACUUCUCAGAAAGGGAAGAGUGAAGAACAGGGACAGACAGUUCUCUCAGAGAAUGAUUCUAUUCAGUCUCAGAUAGGAGAAGCUGUCUUAGAAAAGGCUGACCAGGCCCAAAGUUUGGACUCUAAUUCCACUGUGAAGGACUCUAUACAUUCAUUGGUACCCAGUGUAAUCCCUGAUUUGUUAUUGGAUGAAAGGCAGCAAGAUGGAUUGUUGAAUGAGGUAGGACUUAAUGACCCAAAUCCACCCACAGAGGAAAGCAGCGCUGGCCAAGAGAACUCGAAAGAUGAAGAAGCUCUUGUUGCUGACAGUGUAACUUCUUGGUUAUCUGACUCAUCCAAUGUCCAGACAGUACAACAGCAAGAGCUGGACUGUAGGGAAAGCACCUCAACUAUUGAACUGCACAAUGGAAGUGACCCAAAGAACAAGGUUACUUCUCAAACAUUGGAUUUACUCAGUUGCCACCCUGCUACCCGAGAUAGCAUUAAUCCUUCUGAUAAUCUUCCUCAACUUUGGGAACUCUCCACACAAAGAGAUAUGGAUAAUGUCUGUAAACAGAUUGAAGAAGUUCAGACAAUUAAAAUUAAUGGAGAUUGUGAAGCACUGAGUACUCACAGUGAGUCAACAGACACAGCCUCUGACUUGGAAGCUGAGCUGACUGAAGACAGUGCAGAGAUAGAUCCAGAUCCGGGCCUCCAACCCAGUGCUGGGCAAGCUGUUGUUGGGCAAGAAUCUUCAUUUGUGAGCGUGGCUGAGAAACAGGAUUGGAAUCAAUCUGACUCUUCUUUAAAAAUUAACGGAGAGCCGUGCAAGGCAGACUUGCUUUCAGUAACUGCAGUGGACAAAAGACUUGAGCUUCAAAGCUGGGUGUCUCAUGUAUCUGUUCCUCUGAAGCCCACUGAGUCUUUACCACAAGUCAGUUCUGAAAAACAACCAGGGUCUCCAUGCCUUGCCCAUACGAUGUCAUCAGCUGAGGCCAAUAAUCCACUGGUGAUGCAGUUGCUACAGGGCAACUUGACCUUGGAGAAGGUACUGCCAGCAGCACAUGAUACUACCAAAUUGGAAGCUACACAGUCAUUAUCUGAAAACAUGGAGCAGAGUAGCAAUGGUUCUUUUGGAGAAUCUGCUCAUGAUCCUGAGACAGAUGGGAAUGUUGCCCGGCGAAAUAGCUCUAGCUCUAGUCCCCCAAGGGCUUUAAGGGAUCUGCUUCCACAGGAAUGCCAUAAUCCUGGGGCAGUGUUUCCUAAGCCCAAGGGUAUGCAGGCUGUUCCUAACACUCCCCCAAAGAUCUCCAAGGUUGUCCCUGAUGCAGGCUCCCCACAGCCAUCAACAAAUCUGGUAGGAUCUUCUGGGAAAGUGGAAGAAAUGGAGUCCAAAGAAAAAUACUCUUCCUGCAGUUUUGAAGAGCAAAAAGACUUGACUGUAUCCCCCAGUCUGCCACAACACAAUAAUGUAGAUUCAGCCCUGGGUAGAAGUCCAGGAAAGCAAACUACCCCGAGGAUACCUCGGUUCUUGUCUCCAAAUGUGAUCUCCAUUGGUCCCAAUCAAAUCUCUGGGGCCCCAGUGGACAAAACCUAUGUUGGUGGACAAGGAAAAAAGCUUUUUGGCUCUGGAUUCCUUGGGAACACAGCUGUGGCCCUGAAUCAUUCCAGGUCAGUGGAACCACUGCCUCCCAACAUCCCUAACGUGGAGCCUGCUUUUCCUAGUAAGAAACCAGGCCUAAGCAAAAGCACAGUAUCUGGAGGAGGAGGAGGAGAAGAAGGAGGAGGAGGAGGAGGAGAAGGAGGAGGAGGAGGAGUCCAGACAUCAAGAGCAGAAUGGUCCUCAAAGCAACCCCCCAGCUCUUUUAACAGCAUCAAGAAUGAGAAUGUGCUGGCCUGUGGGGAUGACCCUCCUAAGAGUAAUGCAGAGAACAGGAAAGCCAUUGGCCACAAACCUUUUGAACUCAUGGAGCAUUUUCAAGGGAUGCCCCUUGUCAUGGAUUUGCCAUUCUUCAAGCUCCCCAGAGAACCUGGAAAAGGGCUCAAUCAGCCAUUAGAACCUUCUUCCAUCCCCUCCCAGCUCAAUAUCAAGCAGGCAUUUUAUGGGAAGCUUUCUAAGCUGCAGUUGAAUUCUACCAGUUUUAAUUAUUCAUCUAGCACACCAGCCUUUCCCAGAAGCCUAGCUGGGAGUGUGAUGCAGCUUAGCCACAAAGCAAACUUUGCUGCAAACCACAGUGCAUCACUCUCUGUGCAAAUGUUCACCGAUAGCAGCAACAUGGAAGAAAUCUCACUCAAAUGCUCCUGUAGCCUAAAAGCUAUGAUUAUGUGUAAAGGAUGUGGGGCAUUUUGUCACGAUGACUGUAUAGGACCCUCAAAGCUUUGUGUAUUGUGCCUUGUGGUGAGAUAAUAAAUUAUGGCCAUGGAAAAAAUGUAUAUUUAGUGUGUGUAUUUUGAUAAUGAUCUGAAAUCUGUACACAAGAAAAUAUUAUUUGUUAUAAUAGAGACAAUAUUACACUGAGCAGGAAGCACUCCUAUUUCCCCUCCCCCCAAGUCUACAACACUCGAGUCUUCUGUUCACUGAGCUUCUCGGGUUUGCAGAAGAUCAUCUCUUACUGAAGGGGGUUUUUUCUAACUCAACACCAUUAUAGAGACUUUGUUGCACCUCCCAAGUCUAACCCCUGAAUCUGAGAGGCUGUCUGCCUUCCAGUGGGUCCUUUGUAAGAGCCACUUGACCUUCAACAGAACUGGUAAGAGGAGCUAGAAGUCUGAGUUCUCUACGAGGGGCCGAGUUAGGUUAGGAGCUUCCUUGCUCAAACAGAACAAUUUCAGUCUUCCACUUGAUUCUUCUUGCCACCUGUUUUUCUGCUACUUUGCAACAAGUCAGCAUUUUCCUCCCCAACUGACUGCCCUCCCUCCCACUCUCCUAAGUGAAGGGAGAAUCUUUGAGCUCCUCAGAGCCGAGUGAGAUUGCAGUAGCUCAGCCCUGCCAAGCAGGGCUAUUGACCCACGUUUAGGUGAUUGCUUAGAUGGAGCCAUUUUGACCCUGGGGAAUUUCAACAUGAGUAAUUCCUGCCUUCCGCUCCUGAGAAGCCAAUUUGGAAGUUUUCCUGCCUUGACAUCUCUCACCGGAAUGAAAGAAUCCUAGACCUGUUGGAAUUAUGGGUUUGGAAUUGGGAGGGAAGGGAGCCAGUUUUCUUGUUGAAAGACCACACACUGCUGCUGUCUCAAGACCCUGCAACUCAGGAGUUCAGUAGUGGGGCAAGUGACUUUCCACCUCAGAGACCUUCUCCAGACCAUUUUGGACUCGCUGUGAGUCGGCAGCUGUGUACGUGAAAGUCAUUUUACAGUUCAAAGCAGUGUGUGUUUCUUAUUUUUAUAUUUUUAACUCUUUAUUCUUGGAUGUAUAAAGUGAAAUAUUUGGCUCUUGUAAGUAUACUCUAUGCAUCUCUAAUGUUUUAUCAUGUAUUUAUAUGUUGUACACAGUACUGGCCAAUUCUGUAAAUGGAUGUAUUGUACAUAGAACAUAAAGGUCUGUUCCCUUAUUUUCAGUCUUCAGCAGUAUUGCAUUCAAAUGGUGUUAGUUACUAAUUUACAUCUGUAGUCAGAGCCACUGUAUUCUGGUCCAUCCGAUGUGAGGGUGGGCUCAAGGAGGUUUUUCCUGUCAGAUCCGCCAGGCUCUCUCUCACAGAGGUAACUGUGGGUAGGCUGACUGCAGGUGCAAUUUCAAGGUCAACCUGCCUACACCUUGCCGAACAAAUACAUUUUGCUCCUUUGCGCCUUCUUUUUAAAGGUCUAAAUUCUGCAGCUGGGGCUUUUCGCUGCCACAUCGUAGCAGAUCUCCAGGAACAUUUACAAGGAGGUGCCCUUUGUCACGGACAGUAUUAAUUGCUGUGGGGCCUCCUCACAUGUUCCUCGGCAGCACGAGGAGUGUCCUCAUGGGUUUGAAUUCAGUGUAGUGAACUAACUAACUGUAAGGGAGCCCAGCAAGCCUGACCGUCUUGGAAAAUGUGGUCGUGUGGGUUGGUUUGGCCUGACUUUGGAUGGUAGAAUUGGGAAGAUAAAAGAGUAUAAUGUUGGUUUUCCUCCCCAGCCAAUUUUUAGUGAGUAGGCUCAUCUGUCGCUCUUCAUGCUCUAUCCCCUCUCCUCUUCCCUCUUCCUCCCUUUCUUGUAUCCUUUCUUGUUACAUACUUGAUUCUCCUGUUUAAUUUUUAAUUUCCCCAUGUGAGUGCUUCUGUAAGAAGUAUACAAUUUGUAUGGCAACAGUGCAUUUCAUUGAAUUCAGUCAGGAUCAUUCACUUGCCCCUUCUUCUCUGGCCUCUCCCCUCCCUCACCCACUUCUUCCCUUUAAAUUCAUUGUGGCAACUUUGUGAUAUGAAGUAUGAGAGAGAACAAAGUGGUGAUUUGAAAUGCGGUAUUGGCAAGUCGGUGACAAUUUCAAAAGCCUGUUUACCAAAGAUAGGGAGCAGAGAGCCCAAGCCCUUUUUUGAGCCUCCUCUUCCUUCUUCGCUGUGUCCUUUGGGGCCACUAUAGUGUACAGUUUGAAACUGGUCUGGUCUGCAGAGCUGUCCAGAGAAAGCACUGCUCUUGUAUGUCCCUUGUGGUAUUGGAAAAAAAUAAACUUUCUGUAAAAUCUG